GAGGAGGCAUCCAAGUACUUGAUUUCACAUAGUUUAUUUGCUGAAGCUGAGCUAGCAAGUUGAGGUUAUCAGACCUCUUGGAAAUCCUUCUAAGUCAAGUCCUAUACCACCAUCAUUGUCAUUAUUUUGGAUUUCACACUCCAAAUAUUGUCAACUACUCUUUAAUCUCUUUUUUUUUUUGUCCAAAAUGCCAUUCCCAGCUGCUAUUACUUCCCUCCAUGCCUGAAUAACUACUUUUGGAAACACAGGAAAGGCCCAUUGUGAGAAUAGAUGGUCAAUAGAUAGUGGAAUAACCCAGCUAAGCCUGAAUGGGCCAAUGAUCCACUUCCAAAUCGUUCUUGCAAAUGAACAUCAUCGCUAAAGAUGGUCAGUGGUUUCUUCAUCAGCCUUAUACAUCAAACACACAUUAGUCAAGAUAAGACCCCUUCUUUUGAGUUGGUCUAUCAAUAAGCUUUUCGAGGGUUUUCCAUUUCCUCUGGUUCUAGGGGUUUGGAGGGUUUCUGCUUGUGUGUUUUGGGGUUCUCUUAGCGUUCCGAGGAGCCAUGGAUCCCCAGGUGAUGGUUGCUCUUGCUCUAUCGCUUGUUGGUGGAUUGAGCACUUCUAUUGGUGCAUUUUUUGUUAUUCUGAAUCCUGCUCCCAACUUGAAGAUGCUGGGGCUUCUGCAAGGAUUUGCUGCUGGCCUUAUGCUGAGCAUUUCAUUCUUAGACUUGGCACAUAAUGCCAUGAAUUCUAUUGGCUUCUUAAAAGGAAACCUUUGGUUCUAUGCAGGUGUAAUCUUGUUUGGACUGGUUGCCAACUUCAUACCAGAACCAACACUGGUGCCCAAAAAAGAUGCCGCUAAACCUGAUGAUGGAGCAGGUAAAGACAUGAUGAAGAAGCAUCGCCGCCAGGUUUUAUAUAGUGGAAUCGUCACAGCCAUUGUUGCAGGCAUAAGCUUGCACAAUUUUCCCGAGGGAAUGGCUGUCUUUCUUGGAUCAAUCAAGGGACUUCGGGUUGGGCUUAAUUUGGCGUUGGCUAUUGCUUUGCAUAAUAUUCCAGAGGGUGUUGCUGUGGCUCUUCCUGUCUAUUUUGCAACAGAAAGCAAAUGGCAGGCUUUUAAAUUGGCAACACUUUCUGGUUUCGCCGAACCUCUGGGGGUGAUUCUUGUGGCUUACCUAUUCCCAAGCAAAUUAUCCCCUGAAAUCCUGGAAGGCCUACUUGGAUCAGUUGGAGGAGUGAUGGCUUUUCUUACACUACAUGAAAUGCUGCCUCUUGCAUUCGACUAUGCUGGCCAAAAGCAAGCCGUCAAGGCCGUCUUCUUAGGCAUGGCUGCAAUGUCUGCAAGUCUUUAUUUCUUGGAGAUCAGCUUGCCCAAGGAGAUGAGCUUGUAGCUGUUGACCUUUGCGUAGCCAUGUAACUGUAAUUGAUCAUUUCAAUUCUCUGACCUCAUUUAUGUACAGCUACAUUUGAUGCCAAUAAAACGUCUCUGGGUAGAUAUAUCUUA